AUGGACUUCUUGGAGGGGGAGGUGAUGGACUUCUUGGAGGUGGUGGUGGCGGACUUUUUGGAGGGGGAGGUGGAGGACUUCUUGGAGGUGGUGGUGGAGGACUUCUUAGAGGUGGUGGUGGUGGACUUCUUGAAGGAGGUGGUGGAGGACUUAUUGGUGAUGGAGGUGGCGGACUUCUUCUUGGAGGUGGUGGUGGAUUGUUUGGUAGUGGGGGGUGGUGGAGGAUUGUUUGGCGGUGGAGGCGAAUUGUUAGGUGGUGGUGGUGGUGGAGGACUGUUUGGUGGUGGGGGUGGGGGUGGAUUGUUUGGUGGUGGUGGUGGUCUUAGAAAAAUAGGGCGUAGUAUCAAUGUAAUAGCACUAUUAGGGAUAGUACUAGUAGGUGGCUUGAGUUGCUCAUGA